UUUGGGUCAACCUGGGCGCAGUUCCUUGGGAUCAACUUGGGUACCAAAUUUCUCGUCAUCAUCUCCUUCUGGCCUCUUAUAAUAAACCUUACCACAAAUCAUGCCUUCCGACAAUCCUCUAGCUCCAGCUACUACUAACACUUAUUUAUCAUCAUGGAGUCCUCUCGAGACGGGACUGCUCCUCAAAUCGACCCGCCAUGGAAAACCACCUACCUCUUCGUCUACGGCUCCCUCAUGGACCUCGACGUCCUCCAACAUGUCCUAGCUCUCCCCAGUCCUCCGCCGCCUCUCCGCGCCGCAAAGCUCAGAAACUACAAAAUGAAGAUGUGGGGUCCCUAUCCCACUCUCAUCCCCAAGCCCUCCAGCUCCAAUGGUAGCAGAACGGAGGGUGGGGAAGGUGUCGAUGCUGCUGCUGAUGAUGAUGCUAUUCCCGGCAAGCUCUAUCUAGUCGAACACCCGGCGCAAUUCACACUGCUGGAGAGAUAUGAGACGAAAGCGUACGCCUGGCGCCGCUGUGUUGCGGAGUUUACCGAUGAUAACGGUAGCACUUCUACAACGGAGCAGAGCGGGUUCGAGUGUCGGACAUUUGUCUGGGCAGGGGAUCCUGAUAGUUCUGAACUAUCCGAUGGACCUGUAUUUGACUUGGAGAGGUAUCAGAAGCAUUUUAAGCCAAAGUUUUUGACGAGAUGACUUCCUUGAGGGAUUUUUAUCCGUUUCAUGGUGGAGUAUAUUGGCUCUCAUUGUCUCAGGGAGUUGAUAGGGAUAUCUCCGAAGGUGGUGUAAGACAUGUCUGUUGAGUAUGUUCUUCAGUCUUCCCUCCCUGACGAUCGAUGGACUUAUGCAUGUACAUGUGCGUGAAUAGCAGGCAGCUAAAAGAUGCUAGCAGCUGUGUUCAAGCUGUGUCAAAACGAAAGCUUUCAGUGAAUUACUAUAUAUUUACUUAUACAUGCGAUGACAGUAACACCGGGCAUGGUUUUUGCCGGAUCAAUGGUCUCCCCAAACACACCAAUCUGCCCUGCCGCUAUCUCACUUCUACUUGCCCUCCAAAUCCGUGAAGAAGCUAUACCCAAAACCCUCACUUGAAUCGUUAAAGCGUAGCUUCUUAUCAAUGCCGUCAAUCUGCUUGACAUAUUUAGGAUUGAGACGGAAAUCAGAUUGCAAGUUCUGCAGGAUGCGUUCUGGCGUCUUGGACUUGACGAGCACGGAGUGGCCGCGCGCAAUUCCCCAUGCUAAAAGAGAGAGGGAAAAUAGAGGAUAUCCCAGUCAGCGAAAAUAUUGCAACGACCGCAGUCGAUAUAAAGAAAUCGAAUUCACACAUACCUAGCGCAACCUGCGCACACGUCUUCUCAGUUUUCUCCGCCACCUCCUUCAGAACAGGAUCAUCAAGCAUCCGCCCCACCUUCUCCCGAUUAUAAAUCUCAUUCUGAUUACCCAGUGACGAAUACUGUGUAAUAUGAAUUCCCUUGCUAGCGUGGAACUUUACGAAUUCCUCCUGCUGGAGCCAGGGGUGCAGUUCCAUCUGGUGAACGGCGGGCACAAUGGAGCUGUUAGCGAGCAGUCGCUCGACCUCCGCCUUGGAGAAGUUGGAGAUCCCUAUCGCCUUGGUUUUGCCGGAUUGCUGGAGCUUUUCCAUUGCUUUGUAUGUCUGGUGCGUUUGUAAGUAUACUUAAUAGUAUAAAAUUUGGAAUUCCCCUGGGGUAGAUGGGGAGGUUUGGGGUUCCGAGAGGCCAGUAGGAGGAGGUGGUGGGGAUGCGGGGAGAAACACAUACAUCAACAUAAUCAAUCUUCGCAAUCUUCCGCUUUCCCUGUUCAUCCUGGGGAAACAGCUCGUCCCCACGCGCAAAGGCAACGGGCCAAUGCAUGAGAUAAAGAUCCACAUAGCUCACGCCCAGAUCCUUCAGUGACUGGCUAAGAGCGGCGUCGACGUCGUCUGGGUGGUGUUUGUUAUUCCACAGCUUGGAGGUGAUGAAGAUUUGGUCCCGGGGAAUUCCGCAUUUUUUCAAUGCACGGCCGAUGGCGGCUUCGGUUCCGUAGCUAUAGGGUUUUUGUUUACGACGUUGGUCAGCUAGCUACCUAGCUUAUAUUUAUUUUGGGAGGGUGGUGUUGAAAAAGGGGGCCGCGGGAUGAAAUGUUAAUUCGAUUGCUCUUACAUGGCUGCUGUAUCGAUAUGGCGGUACCCGGCUUCCAGCGCGGUCAGCACAGCUUUCUCCUGCGCAUCCUCGUCUUGCCAAGUCCCCAGGCCUAUAGCUGGGAUGUAGGCGCUGGUGUUGAGCUUGAAUUUUGUGGGUGAGGCGGCCAUGGUUUGUUUAAUGGUCCAAUUAGAGUAUGGGAUAUGCGUAUGGGAUAGAAACCAAAAAAGAGGAAUUCAAUUGAGGUUAAGUAAGAUGUUGCUUCAUUCAGUUGGAAGCUGGGAAACUCCGGUACUGGUUAUGACGUCCAUAUGAGCAGCGUCUCUCAACAACAAAAAAAUUCAAUCUUCUUCUAAGCACCACUUUGACUUGUUGCGUCUUUGAAAAAGGUAUUUGUUUCCCCAUAACUAAUCUAACUAUUUCUAUUGGGGCAAAGGAUGCUUAAACGGGGGAAAAAAGGGAGGGAGAUCGAAACUUCGAAGCCACUGUGAUGUCAUGAAAUUCACCUCAUAAUUGGAACGUCAUCACUGCAGUCUCAUCAUGCCGUAGUGAGGUACAAAGUUAUAGUUAUAGAAGAGAUCCAUGCAACCAUGAAGCUGCUCAAAUUCUCGCCAAAAAAUAAAAUGACUGAAAGAGAGAAAGGUGGAAGAAAAGAACGUUCCGGUAUGAAUGAGCUCCUGAGGGCAAGAUAUCUCAUUCUGUCCAUGUCUCUAGGCCGAGGUUUUCAUUUUGUUAUGAGGUUAAAUCCCCACGUUUAGGGAGAAGCAAAAAAAGACUGCUUACCUAUUGUAUUAUUAUUAGUUAUUGUUAUUUCUGAUGCGAGCAGGCGGGUGCCGGAAUUUGUUGGACCGGCAGUUUCUUUUUUUCUCUUUUUUCUCUUCUUUUUUCUUUUUCCCUUUUCUGGCAUCAUCUGUAUGGAACCUUACGGGGAGCUUCUCGACUCUGCUGCGUCCUAUAUAGUAUAAAUUGUUGCAGAAUCUCGGCAGCCCUACGCAUAUUAAUAAUACGUUACCCAUUGACUAUUGGUGUACUCCCGGUCAAAAUACCAAAAUACACAGCCUCGUUGUGGCAACCCGCAGUAGCCGUAAUGUUUGACCAUUUUCCCCUAGCGCAACAUGGCAAAUGCUAUAUAGCCCUCCCUCCUGGCCCCUCAAACGGCCCCGAAUGCCACGUUGCUCUGCGUUAAAAAGGAAAGGUUCUCGAAUCUUUCGGGGUUCGAGGUUCGGCUGAAUUAGCUGUACAAGGGCCGUACGUCUGGUUGUCUCCUCUCUAUAAUUAUUUACAUUCAGUAACGGCAUACCUUGGGGGGGUGGAUCUACUUGGCAAAAGCCACCGAAUUCAUAAAUACAGGUCUCAUGCAAAGCCUCUAACCAUAAUAAGCAAUUUUCGUGCGAGAAGGUGUUGCAUAAGAUUCCAAGUAUUGAUCUGACUCAAUCUGAAUCAUGAUGCAGCUCCCAAAAACGUUGAUAGUGUGGCUGAGGCGGGACGUGGAGCCCACCAGACGCCCAGAUUCCAACAAAUAGAGGAUCAAUAGAUGACUUGGAACGAAUGAUUGUGCCAAAAAUAGUAAUAUCAGCCUAUUCUCGAAUUCACGGCUUCAUGCGCCCAUCCAUCAGCAACUGGCAGCGUAUUGUUCUGCAGCUUUAUGUACGGUUAGGUUCGCUGGGGAUGACACUCGAGCCUGUAAGAAUAAUUGUAGUGAGGGGGUGCAGAGGAACUUGCCCCGCUGAUAUAACAUGAUAUAUUGUUCUCCAGAUGUUAGUUAAUGCUAAUGCUAAUGCUAAUGCUAAUGCUA